AUGCUGAAGAAUAUUACUCGUAGUAUAAUAGUAAUGAAUAGUAACAGUGUGGAUGAGGCGGCGGCAACUAAUACGGUGGUGUCCAUCACAUUGUUUGUGGGGGUGCUGUGUUUGUGUUUAGUAAUCGGGCACCUGCUUAAUGAAUACCGCUGGGUUAACGAAUCUAUCACCGCCAUCAUCAUCGGGUGUGUAGUUGGAGGAAUAGUAUUAAUAGCAAGCAAAUGGAAACUGAGCAGUAGUUUGCUUAGAUUUGAUCAAGACCUGUUCUUCAUUUAUCUACUUCCCCCUAUCAUCUUCAAUGCUGGGUUUCAGGUUAAAAAGAAGCAGUUUUUCCACAACUUUUUGCCAAUUAUGUUGUUUGGAGUUACCGGUGUUUUCAUUUCCACUUCCAUCGUUGCUGCCGGUUGCUGGUGGCUGUUUCCAAAAUUGGGCCUCAACGGUUUGACCAUCAGCGAGUAUCUUAGUUUAGGGACUAUUUUCUCGUCUACAGAUACUGUUUGCACUUUGCAGGUUUUGCAUCAGGACGAGACUCCUCUGCUUUACAGUUUAGUUUUCGGUGAAGGAGUUGUCAAUGAUGCGACAUCAGUUGUACUCUUCAAUGCCGUUCGCAAGAUCAAUGUUGACUCGCUUGCUCCCAAGGCUGCUCUUCGCUUGUUACUUGACUUCAUGUAUUUAUUUUCUACUAGCACCCUUCUUGGAGUCGCUGCUGGCCUUUUGACAUCAUAUAUUCUUAGAGGCUUGGGUUUUGGCAGGCACUCAAGUGUUCGUGAAAUUUCUUUGAUGAUUCUUAUAGCUUAUUUAUCCUACAUGUUAGCAGAGCUAUUUGAACUCAGUGGAAUUCUCACGGUCUUCUUUGCUGGAGUUUUGAUGUCACACUAUGCAUGGCAUAAUGUAACUGAAAACUCGCGAAUUACAGCCAAGAAUACUUUUGCAGCGCUGUCAUUUAUUGCAGAAACAUUUAUAUUCUUGUAUGUGGGAAUGGAUGCACUGGACUAUCAGAAGUGGAAAAUGAACAUAUUAAGUUUUUGGAGAUCAAUAGGCAUAUACGGCAUUGUGAUGUUGUUGAUAUUGGUUGGACGUGCUGCUUUUGUGUUUCCCCUUUCAGCUAUUGCUAAUUACAUGCAUAGAAGUGGUGAGGGACCGUCAAAGAUCACCAGAAAACACCAGAUAGUUAUAUGGUGGGCUGGUCUAAUGAGAGGUGCUGUCUCUGUUGCUUUAGCAUUCAAACAGUUUACUCUCUCUGGUGUGACACUGGAUCCAGUUAAUGCCACAAUGAUCACCACUACUACUGUGAUCGUACUAUUCAGUACAAUUGUGUUUGGUUUCCUGACAAAACCUCUAAUUAGAUAUCUUCUUCCUCCUAACACAAGUAACGAUGGCCCAUCUAGAACUGUAUCUCUCAAAGAAGAUAUGACACUUCCACUUCUUUCUUUUGAUGAAUCGGCUUCUGAAAAUCUUUCUAGAGCAAAAGAAAACAUAUCAAUGCUAAUGGAAAGGCCCGUUUACACGAUUCACUCUUAUUGGAGGAGAUUUGACGACACUUACAUGAGACCUAUAUUUGGUGGUCCUCGUAGCAAUAGUCUGGCCUAGGAAGGAUCGCUAUGAAGGAGAACAAAGUGCAUGAUACGUUAAUAUUACUACAUGAAAUAACAGAGAUUUUACAAGAAAAGUUAAUGGGAAUAGCAGGUCUAGAAGUCCAUGGAGGAUCGAUUCACCAACAGGGUUAUUUCCAAUAGAUCUGAUAUCAUGAAGGUGGCUGCGUUCUCAAAUCGACUACAAAUGUGAGCCAGGGUCAUUUUUUGGGGUACGUUGGAGAAGACUUGAUCAGUGUAUAUGAUCAAUACUAAUGUAUGUUGAAAAGGUGAAACUAUUUUUACAGUUGUGAUCAAAGUUUGAUUGAAGUUACGGGUCGGUUAUGUAGUUUAUCUAUAGUUAGUUUGGAGUCUAAAUUGUAAUGCUUAAGUUUCUAGGCCAGGGUCUUAGUGUUACAUGUUAAACUGUUUAUUAGAGGGUUAUGACGUUUCUUAACAACACGGAGUUUCAACCCUAGUCUCUAUAUAUGUGUGUCUAUCGAACAAGCCAAGGGCUAAUGU